AUGGAUGCAUAGAUGUAAUUAAUAUUUUGUGACACAUAGUGCUAUAUAAAAGGUUGACUACCAUUAUCAUCAUAAUCAUUAUUAUUAUGAUGAUUUCAGUACUUGAAUUUUAGUAUAUUCAGAAGUGUUCCUGUUACCUUUAUGUUUAAGUGUAAUUCCUAAACUUUUUAUCAUAAAAAUGUUAAUAUUUUCAAAAAGUAGAACAUUAAUAGGACACCAGUCAUAACUUGUAGGUUAAAGAAACAGCAAAAUCUCUCUUGCAGAGGAAUUAAAAGAAUUAUUUUGUUUUUCACAUAGCAUGUCAGAACCGUAAUAAGAAAAAGAAUUACUUAUACUAAAAGCAAAACAUUACAGGUGUCAACGUAAGACAAGACCCAUUACGUGAGUCCACAGUUAGGGACUGGACCACAUAGUACCUGAGCAACUUGUUUAGUUGUGGACAACGCCUGUUUUUCACCAGAUGGCAGCUGUGCGUUCCUGCAUCAAGUACUUUCAAGAGACUUUCUAGUUCUGGUACCAGAGCUUGUAGAUCUAUUUUCUCUUUUUUUUCUUGUUCCUUCCUUUUUCUUAAUUGGAGUGCUCAGACAUCUGCAGAAGUGAAGAGAAUAAUACCAUGAACCAAGUGCAGCAUCAUUAACUUGAACAUUACCCAUCCCCACAUUCGACUACUGUUUUGUUUUGUUUUUUUUUUGAGAUGGAGUCUCGCUCUUGUCACCCAGGCUGGAGUGCAGUGGCGCAAUCUCGGCUCAUUGCAACCUCUGCCACCUGGGUUCAAGUGAUUCUCCUGCCUCAGCCUUCCGAGUAGCUGGAACUACAGGCACGCACUCCCAUGCUCAGCUAAUUUUUUGUAGUUUUAGUAGAGACGGGUUUUCACCACGUUGGCUGGACUGGUCUUGAAACUCCUGACCUCUGGUGAUCCACCCGCCUCGGCCUCCCAAAGUGCUGGAAUUACAGGCAUGAGCCACCACGUCUGGCCUGGACUACUGUCUUUAAAUCUUUUCCUCCACCUAUGCACAUGACUGUUUUAACUUUUAUAUAUGUGUGUAUAUAUUUACUAUAUUUGCUAGGGUAUUUUAAAGCAAAUUGUAGAUAAUGUGUCGCUUUAUCCCAGAUACUUCAGCAUGCAUCCCUAACUGACAUCAUUCCAUUUUCACACCUGACACAAUUAGUAAUAAUUUCUUGAGACCUACAGAUACUAUUUUUAUUGCUACUUAUUUUUUUGCUCUCCUUUGAUUUUUUCGUCUUUUUUUAAUUGCUAUUUAUUUCAGACAUCAUUUCAUAAAGCUAGAAAAUUAGAUACAACUGUGAGUAGCUAUAUAUUUUACGGAACAAAAUUCUGUUACUGUUUUCUUUUGGGGGAAUUUAUGAACUAUUUUAUUUAGUUACCACCAUCCCAUUGAAAUAUAAUUUGGGAAAUACUGGAACACUGUAGAAAAACCAGAAGCCUGAAAUCUUUCUGGCUGGGAUAAUAUUUUAAGUUAUGUUUUAUUGAGUUUAUGAGAAUAAGAAAAAAUACAGUGCAGCAUUCUUGCUGCUGUUCUGAGCUUUUGGAUCCUGAUCCUGUUUGGAAUUGGACACAUGGAGUAUGCUGGCUGUCAGUUGGGCUCUGUUGUCAUUAGGAUUUGGGUUUGAGUGGCAGGAACAUGUGACCGCUGUGCAAGGGGUUAUUUUUGGUCUCUGGGUGUUGGCUUCUCCUCAGAAAUUAUAGCAAGUUAAUGUGAGGUGCGUCUGUGGAGGCUCGGGAUCGGCACGCCUGUCGUGUGCUUGUGAGCUCUCAAACAUGGGCUGUUGCUUCAGCAAAGAACUAAGUAGUGACAGUGACAGUGAAAAAACUGGCCUGUUACAAAAAUCUGUGGAGGAGAAGGAACCAGAAAACAAGAUAAGUAAAAGUUUAUCUUCAUUAUUUGAUCCCCUCGAAGGUGAGGAGGUUCACCGUAUUGGCAGUGGAGCCAGCAGUGCCGCUGGCGUUAGCGCGCGGACAAGGAUUUUCGCAGGGUCUGGGCACAAACAGGGUCAUAGACCCAAACAGUUAUUGAACCCUCUUUCCUCUUUUAUAUAUACAUUCUUAACAAGGUAUGAAAACUUGGAUGAGAAUGACAAGAAUUCAAAUAUUGUUGUUAAUGAGCAGAAUUCUGAGGGGGUCUGUGAUCUACUGUGUGUGGGUAAUGGCAGCCGACAAGGUUGUUGGGAAGAUGAGGAGCCUUUCUCAUGUGUGCUGGUGCCUUCUGACCGAGGCCUGCAGGAGGAAACCUUUGUGAGUGGCCAUCUGCACUGUUACCCAGCUACUUGUAAAAACUCUUUAGUAGAGAAAGAAAUGGUGGUCAGCAUUCACCUCAGCAGUGGUGAUGAGAGUAAGUCUUUAGACUUAUCCGAUAGGGAGAAGAAAGAUGGAAACCCUAUUGGUAUUGAUGAUCAACAAUGUCAGGAUUCAGGAGAGUGCAAGUUUCACAGCAUUUGUGUUGCCGACUCUGCCUGCCGAAGCAUGGCAGAGGAGUUGGGCACCUGGGCAGACACAGUAGCUGCAAGAGGAGAGUGUUGCUCUGCUGUGCCUUCAGCCUUGCGUGCCGUGUCAGGGGUGGGCGAGCCAGAGCCACGGCAGGAAGAGCUCUCGCCUUGGGACACGCUGGGUCCAGGUGAAAGGACAGAGGAAUGCAGUGGGAAAACCAAGCCUUGCCCUGAGCCUGUGGCGUUCAGCCAUGCACCUUGUGAAGCAAAUGCCGAUAACGUGCAGGUGGAGGCUUUACAGGCAGAAGCUUGCACUGAAUUCCCUAAAAAUUAUGCAGAAAGCAGCGCACUACAUGGUAUUGACCUACUCCCUGAAUUAAAUAACAACAUGGACAGUGACUCACUAAGACAUGCGUGUGUCCUGGAAGAAAGUGAGAGCCAUAACUCAGGAGUAGGAAGUGAGAUGGAUCAUCCACCUGGUGGCUUCCGUACUGACACUGCACAUUCACCUGGUAGCUUUUGUACUGACACUGCAUAUGUUGCAGGGAGUGAUGACCCGGAGGUGGUAACAGUUAUUGUCGACCAGAGUUUACAUUCUAAAAAGGAGAGAGAAAAUAACUCUAUCACACCACUAAGAGACAACAAUGAUUUCUACUUGGAUGUUAACAAAUCAGAUAGUAUCCUUCCCAUUGGUCUAGAUAGAAUUGAUUUAAGUCCUAAGAGGCCUAUCACUGCAGUGAGAUUUGGAAGUGGGUGUCUCUCAGGUCACGCUAAUUCAAGAGAAGCAGCCCCAAGCCAGCUUGAUGACUGCUGGGAGCUGGAACCUGUCCCCGGACAAGUCAGGAAGGCGCAGCGCAGAGGGGACUGCAGCCUGGAUGCCAGAAGUCCCCUGCUGCCAGACAGAGGUCCAUGUGGGACGAGUGAAAGUGCACACCAUUUCAGAGGAGGAAACGCCAAGCCCACUCUCACACAGUCGACUUUAAAUUGUGAAAUGGGUUUUAUGGGAAAUGCUAAGGUGAGUUUUGAGAAAAUAGAGUCACGUGACGCUUCCAGUGGCCAUUUCUUUCUGGUUGGUGUUGAUCCCACCCUAGCGGACAGAUACACAGCUGCCCCCUGCGACGCAGCCCAGGGGAUUCCCGCUGUCCCCGUGGACAGCAAAGACACUGUCGUACCAAGUAGUGGCCACAUUGUAUCAUUCACAGAAGGUGUCCUAAAUAGAUGUGAACAUCCCUCAAAAGUGGAUUGGCAGAGUUUCCCAGAAGGAGUCUCCCGUUUUUUGAGUGAAUUUUCCUAUUACCCGAUGGGAGGGUUAGGAAAUCCAGCAUUUUCUGAAAGACUGGCCAGUGGUUGUGGUGGAUAUCAAAUGGGCUAUCUCUGGACUAAUACAGUCACAAAAGGUGCUCUAGAAGGUGAAACAGUAUUUAGUGAGGAUCUGCACCAUAAGCCACAGGCCUUGGAAAUUGCUUUGUUUUCAGAAAACACUCCUCAGCUACUGGUGUCAGAGGACGGUGUUGUUUGGGGAUGGCAUGAUAGAGAUGGACAGUUCGUAAGUAUGUUUUCUAUUGUGCUGCAGUAUGCUGGGCUAUACAUUUUAAUUUAUUAUGAUUAUUAUUUUUAUUUAUUUUUUGAGACAGAGUCUUGCUUUGUCACCCAGGUUAGAGUGGCGCGAUCUCGGCUCACUGCAACCUCCACCUCCGAAGUUCAAGUGAUUGCCGGGUUCAAGUAAUU